AUGCAUUUCACUGCCGUUGCCCUUGCCGCCCUUGCAGGCUUCACUCCCCUGAUUGAGGCCCACUACACCUUCACUCAACUUUUGGUCAAUGGUGCCCCUGUCGGCAAAGACUGGCAGUACAUUCGUCAGCACACCAGAGGCUACAUGCCCACCAAGUACGGAGAAAUUCUCCAGAAUGACUUUCGUUGCAACACGGGUGCUGGAUCGGGUGCCAACACUCAGGUCUACACCGUCAAGCCUGGUGACAAGAUUGGAAUGAAGCAAGGCUUUGGUGCGAACGGAAUCGAGCACCCUGGUCCCGCUCAAGUCUACUUGAGCAAGGCCCCUGGAUCGGUCAAGAGCUACGAUGGUAGUGGUGACUGGUUCAAGGUCCAGCAAGAUCUGCUCUGCAAGUCUGGAAAUGCCCAGGCUUUGAAGAAUGACGCAUGGUGCAUCUGGAAGAAGAACAACAUCGAGUUCACCGUCCCCAGCAACAUCCCCGACGGUGAGUACCUCGUUCGCAGCGAACACAUCGCCAUCCACGGUGCCCACGACAAGCAAGCCGAAUUCUACUACUCCUGCGCUCAGAUCAAGGUCCAAGGUGGUAAAGGCAACUCUGUCCCCAAAGGCGUCAAGAUUCCUGGCGUCUACCAAAUCAACGACAAGGCUAUCAACUUUAGUGUUUGGGGCUCCGCCACUACUUAUCCUGACCUGCCUGGCCCUGCUGUUGCUGCUGGCGGUCGUACCACCGGCUCUAUUGAUGGCAGGACUACUGGUACUACUGUUGCUAAGCGUGCUGUUCAGGGUGGUUCUCCUGCUGUCAGAGCUGCUGCUGAGGUCAAUGCUGAGGUUGAUGCUUAG